CUAGCGCCAGCUGUCAGUGGAAGCUAGCAAGACUGCUAUCGUUCCUAGCGCGUUAUUUUAAAAAUUGUAAUGAUUUAUUUUUUACACUUUCAGUCUAUAUCGCAAUUGUCGCUCGCACUGGAUUUGAACUAAACUUGAAUUAACUAAUGUCCCAAAAAAAUCCGCAUUUUCCAGUGUCUUUUUGUUGAGUUGUGCACAGAAUUAAGGAUUGCUAUAGCGGGCUAGCUUGUUGUUAGCUGCGGACAAAUCUGGUGCAGGCAGGUUUUGCACUGCUCCUCUUGUUUGGCAGUCAUUGUUCAUGGGCGGAAGUUGUAUUUUACAGAAGGACUGUAAAUAUCUUGCAGCUUUAUUAAGGAACUACAGUAUACGGAUUUACUGUAAAUAUGCAAUACUUUGAAUUAUGCUUUUGCAGCAUUUUGAUUUUAAAUCAGUAGCGUGGACGACAGCAUGGUAUUUCGACUUUAAGGCACCCGAAUGCGUUUUAUCUCAAACCAUCCUAUCUUCUGUAUUGUAAAACGUGUUUUACCAAUUGCUGGUAAAACAACUGUAUUUAUUGACCAAGAGGCGAACGUGUAUUUAAAUCCACAAACAUGGAUAAGAAAUCAUUUGAUAUAGUCUUGGAUGAGAUAAGAAAGUGUGUCCUGACCGAUCAACGGAUCAAAGCCAUAGAGCAGGUGCAUGGGUAUUUCUCCAGUGAGCAGGUGAUGGAGAUACUGAAAUAUUUCUCAUGGGCAGAGCCACAGGUCAAAGCAGUUAAAGCUCUGCAGCAUAAAAUGGUUGCAAUCCCGACAACCAAAGUUGCAAAUAUCCUGAAUUGCUUCACCUUCUCAAAGGACAGACUGAUUGUCCUGGAACUAAUUGCUUUGAACAUUUCAGAUGCUCAAAAUUAUCGUCCGGUGGAGGAUCUGUUUCGCAUACACUUAUCUGAGAAGAAGCGGGCUCGCAGGAUACUGGAGCAAGUAUGUAAGGUUGGCUGCAAGGCUCCUGUAGCCAUGAUAUCCUCCUGUGGUAUGAUACCAGGAAAUCCAUACCCUAAAGGUAGACCCAGCCUGGUCAGUGGCACAUUCCCUGGAAUUCCUCCAGUAAAGAAAGACGCAGAGAAGAAAGAGGAUACUUUUAACAAUCUUGAGGGGAAAGGAAUUUCUGCUCGAAUCAUUGGACCUUUCAAACCUUUUCCAUCGACCUACAACCCUCAUCGGCCAGUGCCGUAUCCUAUACCACCGUGCCGACCCCACGCCACCAUCGCACCAAGUGCGUACAACAACGCAGGCCUUGUUUCUGUGGGAGGGGUUAUAACAACCAGCGUGGCCCCUCCCCCCUACAACUCCACCCACAAAGUAGCAGGUUACGCCAAACCAGGCAAUCCACAGCACACCACACCAGGAGUCAACAGCGGGCCCCUCCUCAUUCCUCAUGGGUCCACGCCUUCUACCCCGGUCCCACCUCAAGCUUCUUCUGCUCAGCCACCUCCAACAACGCCUAUCACACCCGUUUUCCCUGGCAUGGUGCCCUCUCACAACCCUAAUGCCCCCUCCCCUGCUCCGUCCCCAUCCGUGAUCAAAGCAGGUCCACAGACCCCCGGUGGCCAUGUUACACCUACACCCUCAUCUGUCAUUAAAUCCCACACACCUUCAGGCACCCCUUGUGGAACUCCUGUCCCCGGCAGCGGGGGCUUCUCCACUUCCCCCUUCCAUGCCAUUUCCCGACCAGGCACCCCUGCUUCCUCCCGCAGCGGCCCAGACCCUUUAUCGCAGACAAACUCCAUGGGCUCAAAUCAGCAGAGGGUUUUUUCUCAAUCCACAGAUAACCAGUCAGGACCCACCCACCAUGGCAUACAUCCACAAGCAGGUAACCCCUCUGGGUCAGUGAUCCGAAGUUACACCCCCUCUGGACAAUCCACUCCAGUUCUUCCGAGCUGUUCCACCCCAGGUCCAAGUCCCAAACCCUCCCAAGCUCAUUCAGCACAGAUUCAGGCUGCCAUGGCCGCGGCUGGAGUCAUGAACAGACACACUGGGGGUAGUAACAGUGGCAGUAACAGCCCUGUGCCCUCUGCUUUUAAGGGCACCUCUCGCUCGGGCACACCUUCUGUGAGCUCUUUUGUUGUGCAAGGUUCUGCCCAGGCUGCCCUGGCACGUUCCUUGGGUCUAUCACACCCAGGUUCUCCUCAAGUCUCUCUCUCUAGUCCUGUUGGUAUGACCGGUUUCCAAGCUCUGUCCUCUAGCCAAGGACCCUCUCAUUAUCCUGGCCUGUCCCCCUUUUCUUCCCUUUCAUCCUCUCUCCCUCCUUCAUCCAUGCCUGCAAUGCCUCCCACUACCAACAUUUCUAACCACCCACAAGCCUCCAUCUACUCAGGCAUGGCCUCUAAUUCUGGCCCUGGUAUAGCCUCCCCUUUCGGUCUGGGCCUCACCUCUGCCCCCUCUUUAUUCCCAGGCCUUCCGCCUGGUGCUAGCUCUGCUGCUUUCCCAGCAAUGGGGGUUUCAGGAGGGCAUGGUGCUGGGAGCCCUGUGUUGUCUUCAUUCAUGGGUCUGCCAGGGGCCUCUUCAUCUUCAGUAUCAUCUCCACUGCAUGCGGCAGCCGCGGCGGUAGCCGCGGCCGCAGCUGGAGUUCCAUCAUCAUCACCAGUUUUACCAGGCUUUGCAUCUGCUUUCAGCUCCAACUUCCAGCCUGGGUUGAGCAGUGGACUCCAGCCUCCAGGAAGCAGCGGGUUCCCCGGCUUGCUGUCCUUCCCGGGGGUGCCGGGCUUCUCUCCCUCUGCUUCUCCUGCAAACCUCGGUGGCCUCCACAACCCAGCCAUGCAGUCUGCCCUGCUGCAGGCUCAUCAAGCAUCUGCGUUGGAGAGCUUCCCUCCUCAGCCCAACAGUUUCACCAACUAUCCUCCAGGCCCAGGAAACCCCUUUCCCCUCCAACCCGGCCUGCACCCCCAGUUGGGUUGGCAGUAAAACCCACAACACACUUUGAAACAUUGAGUACACUUACACGUCGAUCCCCACCGUACACCCUGCCCUACCCCUGAGCAGUUGACACAAUGUAUUUUUUUGAUCUUGAACCCUGAAGAACAGAGGACAGAUUGGAGCGUUUCAAUAAUGUGUAUGUUACAGCCAGAUGAUUACUUCUACAAGUAACACUAUUGUGAAAACAGUCGAAAUAGUGUGUGGGGGAGAUGGCAUAUUUCCUCUAUUAUUCAUAGUGAACAGUUGUAAAUAUCAGUUGUCAAAGUUGUUAGGUUUUACAAGUAGACCAUGAAUGGUUUAAAUGUUAGCUGGACUUGGCUGUUUUUAAUCAAGUUUAUCAACAUUUUUAGUGAAUAAUGAAUUAUAGAAAUUAAAUUGAAAAAUGUACAUGAUAUCAUGUAACGAAUUGACAGUAUGCUCAUGUAGUAUUUCAUGCAGUCACAGUGGGAAGGACUUGCGUAUGAUACUGGUUGAGUAUUGUGUUAUGACAUGAAUUCUUUUGGUGGCUUAUGUUAUAUUGUGCUAUGUGACGCAGUCAUAUUUUGAGGGGGGAACAUCAUAAAUAUUUUUUAAUCCUCGUUCAGUGUCAUGGGUGGGAGUGUUGCUUGCAUUUGGCAGUUCCACUCAUGUCUGUUAAAUUUCAGUGAACACCCGUGCAGUUUACUGUGAUUCACAUUGCAUAUGUUUACACAUUUCUUUUGACAGAUGUCACCCAGCUAGUGCUAUGAUUACAGUUUUGACCAGAUGUACUGUAUGCAGAUGUUUCAUGAGAUCAAGCUUGAUUGAUAUAUGGACUUGAAAUACAAUGUCUAUAUUCUUCAGUAAGGCUUUGCAACAUAGUGAAAACUGUAAUUUUACCUCAUUUACUGUAAAGCUCAGUACACUCCGAGACAGUUGAGAGUAAUAGACACGCUGUUUGAUGCCCUGUGUUUUCUUUUGUCCUUUUUGUAUUUGCACCUGUUUUGUUAUUUUGUCAGUAAACUGCUGGUUGCUGUAGCUGUAUCUCUUUUAGUGCCGUGGCUACCAUUGCUUUUAAAGAGGCGUAACAAUCAUCACCCAUUUAUGUUACUUUUUAAUAAAAUAUCAAAUAAG